AUGAAUUUAGUAAAUGCAGCAAAAAGAUGGAUAUCUAGUUUAGAUACUCCUUCAAAUAUAGAGCGAGCUAAAAAUUGGAUAAAAAAUUUUUCUAAAGAAUCAAUUCCAAAAGAUGUGAUAACCAUUACCUUUGCUCGAAGUAGUGGACCUGGUGGACAAAAUGUGAACAAGGUUAACACAAAAGUAGACCUACGAUUUAAUUUGAAUCAGGCAGAUUGGAUACCUGAAUAUGCACGCAAGAAACUAGCGAUCCAAGAAUCAAAUCGUAUAAACAAAAAGGGCGAAAUUAUUAUAACUUCUGAAACAACACGUUCACAAGCUAAAAAUAUUGAAGAUUGCAUAGACAAAUUAUAUGAAAUUAUAGUGAAGGCUGCUGAAAUUCCAAAAGGUCCAAGCGAAGAAACAUUACAAAGAAUUGAAAAACUUAAAAAAGAGGAGGAUCAAAGGCGAAAGUCAGAUAAGAAAUUUAGAUCUCAGAAAAAAUCUGGACGGAAAUAUUCAGAUGAUUCAUAA